CCUAUAAGGCCUGGGAGCGCGGGCAGAGCCAGCUGACAGCUGCAGCGUCGCCCUCUCUCUCCGAGGGCGCCCGGCGAGCCCCUCAAGCAGGGCUCAGCAACGCCAGGCCCAGCUACUCACACUGCUGCCAUGUCUGCUUCAGAGCAAGGGGGCCGGGACCCUGCCAAACCCAAGGGCAAGACCCUGGGCAGCUUUUUUGCCUCCCUGCCUGGCUUCAGCUCCGCCCGGAACCUGGUGUCUGGUGCCCACAGUGCCACAAAAGAGGCCAGGCCAGCUGCCAACCCCGAAGGUUCCCCUGGCCCCGGGGCUCAAGCGGCCACCGACCUGGAAGCGAUGGCCAGGGGCACAGAGAAGCUGCCACAGCCUUCAGAAAAGCAGAUGCCCAGGACCAAGGAUGCCAUCUCCUCUGGGGUGGCCAACAUGAUGGAUGCAGCAAAGGGGGUGGUCCAGGGCAGCCUGGACACCACACGAUCAGCCCUCACGGGCAGCAAGGACGUGGUGGCUGGAGGGGUCAUGGGGGCGGUGGGUAUGGCCAAAGGGGUCGUGCAAGGGGGUCUGGAUACCUCAAAGGCUGUUGUCACUGGCACCAAGGACACAGUGACCACUGGGCUCAUGGGGGCAGUGAACGUGGCCAAGGGAGCCGUCCAGACUGGUGUGGACGCCACCAAGACGGUGCUGACCGGAACAAAAGAUGCAGUGUCCACUGGGGUCACUGGGGCAGUGAACUUGGCCAAAGGUACUGUCCAGACCGGCCUGGACACCACCAAGACCAUGCUGACCAGCACCAAGGACACUGUGUCCACUGGGGUUAUGGGUGCAGUGAACCUGGCCAAGGGGACAGUGCAGACGGGCGUGGACACCACCAGGAACGUGUUAACUGGCACCAAGGACACCGUCUGUACUGGGCUGACUGGAGCAGUGAACGUGGCCAAAGGUGCUGUCCAAGGGGGCCUGGACACCACCAAGUCUGUGGUCAUGGGCACCAAGGACACACUGACCACCGGGCUCACAGGGGCAGUGAACGUGGCCAAGGGAACCGUCCAGACUGGUGCGGACACCACCAAGACCGUGCUGACUGGCACCAAGAACACCGUCUGUAGCGGGGUGACCGGUGCUGUGAAUGUGGCCAAGGGAGCCGUCCAGGGCGGCCUGGACACGUCAAAAGCUGUUCUCACGGGCACCAAAAGCACGGUGUCCACCGGGCUCACAGGAGCAGCAAACGUGGCCAAAGGCACAGUGCAGGCCGGCCUGGACACCACCAAGACCGUGCUGACCGGCACCAAGGACACCGUCUGUAGCGGGGUGACCGGUGCUGUGAAUGUGGCCAAGGGGGCCGUGCAGGGCAGCCUGGACACGUCAAAAGCUGUUCUCACGGGCACCAAAAAUACAGUGUCCACUGGGGUCAUGGGGGCAGUGAACGUGGCCAAAGGUGCUGUCCAAGGGGGCCUGGACACCACCAAGUCUGUUCUCAUGGGCACCAAGGACACACUGACCACCGGGCUCACAGGAGCAGCGAACGUGGCCAAAGGCACAGUGCAGGUUGGCCUGGACACCACCAAGACCGUGCUGACCGGCACCAAAGAUGCCGUGUCGACUGGACUCACAGGGGCAGCAAACGUGGCCAAAGGAACCAUCCAAACUGGCGUGGACACCACCAAGACCGUGCUGACCGGCACCAAGGACACCGUCUGUAGUGGGGUGACCGGAGCCGUGAACGUGGCCAAAGGCGCUGUCCAGGGGGGCCUGGACACCACCACGUCUGCGGUCAUGGGCACCACGGAUGCAGUGUCCACUGGGCUCAUGGGGGCCACGAACGUGGCCAAACAGGCCGCCCAGGGUAGCCUGGACAACACCAAGACUGUGCUGGCCAGCAUCAAAGAUGCAGCCUCUGCUGGGCUGGCUGCGGCAGGGAACAUGGCCGCAGGCACCACCCCCGCCACUCUCAGCACUGCCCGGGCGUGGCUCCCUGGUAGCCAAGACACCAACUGGGGCGGGCCUACCAGUUGUCAGGCCUCAGACAAAGGUGCGGAACACACUGCCUUGAGCCCCCAAGAAGCCCUGUCCUCUGGGGCCUCCAGCUUCUCAGACCCGCUCGGUGCAAGCCUACAGUCUGCUGGGGAAGCCGCAGCUGCCACCAGGAGCCUAGUGUCUGACGUGGCCUUGGUCACUCACGGCGCCACCCCAGGCAGCCAGCAAAGAGCCACCAGCUUCACGAUGCUCCGGGACGAGCUAGAGGGGUUGGAAAUCUUCCAGCCCAUGAGCACUGAGGAACAAGCCCAGCUGGCAGCCUCCGAGCCAGGGCCCAAGGUACUCUCCGUGGACCAGGGGAGCUACUUUGUCCGUCUUGGUGACCUGGCCCCCAGCUUGCGCCAGCGGGCUUUCGAACAUGCCCUGAGCCACGUGCAGCACCACCAGUUCCAAGCCAGGGACGCUGUGGCCCAGCUCCAGGACUCCUUCCGCGCGAUUGAAAAAGCCGCACAGGCUCCAGGAGGGCAGCUGUGCCUGGACCAGGGCCUAAACCCCCCAGUGGAGGACACCAGGACCCCAGAGGUGCUGGCCAGGGUCUGCGCGCUCAUCCGGCAGCUGCACACAGCCUACAGCGGUCUGGCCUCCGGCCUGCAGGGGCUGCCUGAGCACCAGCGGCAGGUGGGCCGGGCGCGGCACAGCCUCUGCGAUCUCUACAGCAUCGUGUCUUCCACAGGCCCCAGUGAGGAGCUGCCAGCUGAGCGCCUGGUGCAGAGCCGAGAGGGCGUGGGCCAGGCGUGGCAAGGGCUGGACCAGCUGCUGGACGGCCUGCAGCACAGCCCUCCGCUGGGCUGGCUGGUGGGGCCCUUUGCCUUGCCCCCCAGCACUCAGCAAGUGUAGGCAUCUCCCCACCUGCCCAGCGGGGCCCUCUUCAGCACCUUCUCUAAACCCAGAUCCAGUGCCUGAAGGUCUUGGCCCUGCGGGCUGGAGCUGGCCAGACCCCAAGGGCCAGAGGGGACACAGUGUCUGAGUCCCAGCACCGGGCACCGGCCAGGCUUGCCUGCACCUCCCAUCCCUUCUCCAGGCGGCCCUGACCAAGCACUGCGGCCUCUGACUGAGCACCCAAUCCGAGAGAAGCAGACACGCGGCCGGUCUGAAAGGGCCCCUUUUACCCAUAGGGAGCCCUUCUACUGCCGCACCCACGGCACCCCCUAAUGGUGUUUCUUGGACCGGUCUAGGUGAGGGCCUGGGAUGGCAGUGACUGAGGCCCAGUCUUGCCCAGCCUCAGCCCCCAGGUCCUCAGGGGAUGCUGAGAGACAGGCAGUGGGGUGUGAAGCUGGGACUAGAGGGGCCUGAGAAGGCAGCCCUCUUCAGUCUGCCUCAGGGUCACUGGGGCUGUGACACCACAGACACAGCCGUUUACAGAAGCCAGGCCCAGCACCUCGAGCUCCUGUCCGUCAAAACCACGCAGGGACCAAGGCUCAGGAAAUCCGUCCCCUGCACACCCACCUCCUGCUGGGCAAGGAGACUGCCUGCCCGCCGCAGGGACGAGGCUGGAUGGCACUGCUGAGGGAGAACGUCCUCUGCUAUAAGCCACGCGCACCCAACCCGAACCCACACUGUGCCAGGUCACUGUGCCUGGUCACCUCACACCAGGGAGGACAGAGGGGCCCAGAGAGGGAGGGUCCAGUGCCCAAGGCCACACAACAAGCUGGUGACAGAGCUGGGAGGAGCUUGGUCCCUCACGAUGGACAACCCACAGCAGCCCUCUGGUCCUGAGUGCCCAGAGCUGGCACCCAGGACUUGGUCUUCCUGGGGCCCAGAGCCACCUCUGGCCUCGGUGGGGCAGUGACGUGGGUGAGUGAGCAAAGAUCUAGACUGCCGACUUCCCAGCACACAGCCGGCUCUGCCCUCCUUAGCCAUCUCUGAUGCUGCCCAGCCUGCCCUGGUCCCGGCGGCCCAGCCCACAGCAGUGAGUGCCCAACUCAAGGUUCCCGGCAAGGCCCUGCUCUGGCCCACUGUCCACUGCCACGCUGCUCACGGAGGCCCACAGGGUGACCUCUGCCCCACACAGGCCCUUUGACAGCUGCAAACUGCUCUCUGCCUCUGCCCCCAACUGGUCCAGCAACCCUAGGAAACCAAGCCAAUAAAGGUGAUCUUUUUUCAUUAAAAAAA